AUGGGGCCUGGGACCAUAUAUAGUGCUCAAGUGCCGGUAUCUGCCGCCAAUAUUGAAGUGGCCCAGCCAUGUCGACGCACCGUGCUACUGACUGCUAGUACUGCAUCCCGAGGUACCUGGAUACUUCCAGCGGCAUCCAAAGCCCAAGCAAGUGCGUUUGGAUGGAGUUCAAGGUUUGCGUCCAUCAUCCGUAAUAACACACGACUUCACCCCGACAUCUCCGUCCUCCAUCACACGCUCUCGUUUAAAGCGUACGCCCACCUGAGACGACGAGUUCCCCCGCGCCACCCUUAUUUGCAGAGUGCCCCGUGUCGCCCUCGCUUCAGUUGCAAAAGGGCCGUCAUCAGCCUUGGCCUCAAACACGUGCGAUUGCGUCGUGAUCCCACAGCCAAGCAGACAGAGCAAGGGUCUGGUCGCUGGGCUCUGGUCUGCUCCUCAGACCUCGAGAUCCUCAACGUCCCCUCCCGCAUAUAUCCAUCUCCAACUCCGACCGUCUGUUGUCUGCCGUCGGAAGCUUGGACAACCGCGACGACUCCCGCUUUCAACGAGUUUGCCUGCCUGGCUGUCAUGACCGCGGCGGAUAUGGUCAAUGAACCUCACGACCGACAGGCGCACCGGCGGCGCCCCUUCUCAACAUGGGUCAAGAAGUUGACCAAUUUCAAGUCCUCCUCCGACGGCGACCGCCCCAAGCGGCACAUGAAGAUGAAGCGCGGACAUAAGUUGAACAACCCUUAUCCUCAGUCCGGCCAUGUGAGCCAAAAUCAGCCCAACGACCCCAACGGUCCCAACGGCCCCGUCAACAGGGCGAACCACACCGACGCGAAUGGUGAUAGCUCCUACUCCUUUACCACCGCCCGAACCGGAAGUAUUACGUCGCUUGACCAGCCCGCACGAGGCUCUGUUGACGGCCUUGGCCUUGCGCCCACAACGGCUGGCACCGUCUCUACGGAAAAUGAAGCUCCACGAUCUCUUGCUCCCAGCCACGGAGGAGCUAGUUCUCUAGCUGGAACCAGUCGUACCAUUGGUGGUGGAAUGGACGGCCGAAGAGGAGGCGAUAGCACCUUUUCCAGCCCUGCUCCUUCGGUACGAUCUUUGACUACGACUCUGACCACGAUUCAAUCCGUGGCUCCCAACGGAAAUACACCUUAUGUUGCGGCGCCCCCGCAUAGCAACACGCAAUCCAUACAAUUCAGCCAGCCGUUUCCCUCCACGUCCCCGGCGUCGGCGAUUCCGUCGCAUCUGGCACCGACUAGCAACCCAACCACGUAUACGACUGCCACUGCCAAUAAUCUCUUGACCGACAAUGCCUCUAUUUUGACACUGGCCUCGUCUAGCAAGCGCCAUCGUCGCCGUUCUAUGGACACCGACGCAUCGGUACGCGCAUUAGCCCCAUCAUCACUCUGGGGAGGCAGUCGUGAGAGUCUGCCACUUAGCGUUCUCAGUGCCAACAUCGACCAGGGAGGCAUGCCGACAACCCCUGGAAUUCCGGGGAGCAGUUCACGCCUGGGUCCAGAGCGAAACAGCAUCUACUCAUCUACUGGCGUAGCUCCAGCCAUCACCUGUGAGAGAAACAGCAUUCUUGCCAAGCAAGGCGACGGAGCAAGUGUUCGGAGCGGCCCUUUGAGUCUUGGGCGGCCGGAUAGCAUUAGCGGAAGUAUUGCAGGUGUGACCAGCCCGUUGGCCAGUCCGAGGGAGGAGCCGGAGCAGCAAAACCCCAAGGACGACGGGGCGGCUCCCGGACCGAAGGAAGACUAA